AUGGCUAAAUGGAAGAGGAAAAAGUACCAGGAACCUGCAGGACCCCAUAGAGAAGAAGAAGAGUUCUCACCCCUUGGCUUAUCUCUGUUGGAGCAUUUCGCCUCAGGGAUGAGUGGGCCAUCUGUCCAAGCUCUUGCAUUGGCAGCAACCAAGAGUGGUGCUAACUCUGCUGAUUUGCAGCAAUUGGCUUCACUGGGGAACUAUGGGAGGUCUUCUGAGCACAUAGCCUCCCAAAUGAUUUCCAAGUAUUGCAAGUCAGACAGCAUCAAGCUUCCUGAGCCCUACUUUGUUGACACCCCUGUUCGUGUGAGAACUGCAGAUGACUGGGUGGUUGCUGUCAAGCCAGUGGCAUUGUACUUGCCACAUGAGUGGUUUGCAUGGCUACAGCUAGAGGAGCAAGCUGCUGGCUUUGAGCAACUGGAGGAAUUCUGGGAGAAUCAUCCCAUGGGUGACCCCAAAUUGGAUGGCAAUCCAAUCAUGGAUGAAGGAUGUGGCAAGUACCUGCCCCUCAUUCUUCAUGGGGAUGGUGGGGCAUUCCAGCGAGCAGAUAGCAUUCUGGUGCUGAACAUGAGAUCACUGCUAUCUUCAUCCAGUGUAGCCCACAGCCAGAUGCUCCUCCUAGCCCUUCCAAAGUCUGCAAUCCACAAAUCUGAGAUUCUUGCUGAAGAUACCAUGCAUUGCCUCUGGUCAGUGCUGACCUGGUCAAUGCAGCAUAUGUACUUCGGCAAAUUUCCAGAGAAAGCUGCAGAUGGCAAAGACUGGCAGCACAAGUCAGCAAGGGGCCAAAAGGCAGGAACCUUGUUGAAUUCUGCAGGGCUUUGUGGAAUGAUCUUUGCCAUCACAGCAGAUGGCGAGUUCUUUCAAAAUGAAUGCAAGCUGCCAGGAAGUUCCCAUGCAGAGUGCUGUUGGAGCUGUGGGGCAAACAGGUCCAGUCACCCACACAAUGACUAUAGAGCUGGAGCCAAAUGGAGUGAGACCAUCAAGAACCAUAAGGACAGCAACCCCACAGAUCACCUGAUCAUGACAGUGCCAGGCAUCAAUGGCUACACCUUGGCCUAUGACUCUCUGCACAUCUUGGAGCUGGGUGUUUCAGCCCACAUUGUGGCCAACUUCAUGUUUGACAUGGUGGUGAAGGCAGAAUUGCCAGGCAGCUCUUUUGAAGCCAGGCUGAAGGAACUUUUCAGAAAACUGUCUGGCUUAUACACUGAGCUGGCCACAGACUCCAGCAACCAAGUGAGAAGACUUCACUUGUCCACUUUCUGCCAGCCCAACAAGAAGUGGGACAGUUUUCCUGAGCUCUCAGGUGUGAAAGCAAAACAGGUGAGACACCUCAUCCCUCCACUCCUGGAACUCAGCCAGGAUUUGGUCGAUGAGAGCUCUUACAAAAAGCACAGGCUUGAGUGCAUCAAGAACCUCAACCAAAUGUAUGAAGCUAUGGAGUGCCAGGGGCUGCAUCCUGAUGAGUCAGCAUAUGAGCAGUACAAGAGGAGCACAGAGAAAUGUUUACUCCAUUACAGCAAGCUUGCCAAGAUUGCAAUCUCUCAGAACAUUCUUCAAUGGAACACUGUGCACAAGCACCACUUGGCUUGCCAUAUGCCAGAACAAUUUAGGCACUUGAACUGCAGGUUUGUGUCAACAUACUCUGGUGAAACAAUGGUGGGCUUCAUGGCCUCUCUUGGGCACGCCUGCCUCAAUGGCACUCCUCCACAUUUGGUGCCUGCAAAGGUUGCCUGGAGACAUAGAUUGGGACUGCACCUGAGGGUGACACAUGGUGACUUUGACCUGGUGGAUUCUGAAGAGGAACUGUGA